GCCCGCGCCGCGGCCAACGAGAAAGCACUGACAACUUGACAAGUCAGCUGUCAAGUUGAAGUUGAAACCGGAAGUCUGCGCGAGAGUUGCGAAAACUUCGUACAAAUAAUGACCUUUGCGUAGAAAGUUAGGAACAAUAAAAACUAGUGUUAAGGAUUAACGUUAAGUGUAGCAAUGUAUUUAGCAUGGCUAACGUUUCUAGUGCUGGCUACAGAGGGUUGGGCGCAGGACGACGACGACGACGGGCCCUACCGCGGCAAGCUGCUCGGGAAACUCAACUCCUACCAUCACCAGGUGACGGGUGAGGUGUAUGCGGUGGAUGACUGGACGCUGCUUCUGGUGAACUUCAACUAUGAUGGCACAGGGGAUGACACCUUCUUCUGGGCUGGUGACUCAGCACGGCCUGGCCCACAGGGCUUCAUUGUGCCUGAUGAACACGGCAAGACCAACAUCCUGGAGCGGUACUACAAUGCCGAGGUGCGCAUCUCGCUGCCGGAGGGCAAGCGCGUGUCGCGGCUGAAGUGGUUCGCGGUGUACGACAUCGCGUCGCAGAACGCGUUCGGCGACGUGUACGUGCCGGAGGAGUUCGAGGCGCCGGCGCCGCAGACCGCCGCGACCCUGGCCGGGACCGGGGUCUCCAGUGCCACCCUGCAGCUACUCGACGCCAAGACUAUCCUGGUGCCGGAGUUCCGGUACGACGGCGCGGGCGGCGAGGCGUACUUCUGGGCCGGCGCCGGCCCGCAGCCCAGCGCGCGCGGCUUCAAGCUGCCCGACGAGUACGGAUAUCUGGAGCCGAUCCCCGCGUACCGCGGCGCGGACGUGCGCCUGACGCUGCCGGGCGCGCACACGCUGUUCACGAUCAGCUGGCUCGCCGUGUGGGACGCCACCGCGCGGCGCGCGCUCGCCUCCGUGCUGCUGCCCGAGCGGCCCAACGUGCCCCCGGCGCUCACCACCCUGCACCCGCACAGGUCGACGCUGCCGUCGUGCCGCCAGCUGCACCGCGACCUGCAGGUCAGCUGGGAGGUGUUCGGCAACCAGCUCACCAUACAACUCGCCGGAAAGAUCGGCGAUAACGAGUACAUGGCGUUCGGGAUAUCGGGGUCGAGCGCGCGGUCGCAGAUGCUGGGCGCGGACGUGGCGGUGGCCAGCUUCGAGCCCAAGUUCCAGCGCGGCCGCGCCACCGACUACAACAUCACCGCUCUAGCACCGUGCGUGCAAGUGUUAGGACAAUGGCGCGGCGUGUGUCGCGACGAGCGGCUGGGAGCGCAGGACUCCAACCAAGUGUUCACCGCCUCGCGGACAGAUGGCGUCACCGUCGUCACCUACAGGCGGACCCUGCAGCCCUCGGAGCCGAUCGACCGCGAGUGGGUGACGGACAAGCCCAUGUUCGUGGUGUGGGCCGUGGGGGCGCUCGACUCUGAAGACGAGCCGACGUUCCAUCGUCUCUGGCCGCGGGCCGACGUCGUGCUCAACAUCUCGCAGACUGCAGACCACUCCGCCGACGACUGCGUCGAGUUCAGCGUGGGCUCGUCAUCGGCGGCGACGCCGUGGGAGACGGCGGAGCUGUUCGACCCGGCGCUGCGCGUGUUCUCCUUCUCGCUGGGCCCGGCGGGGGGCGCGCGGGGCGUGGCGGGGCGGCGGGGGGAGGGCGGUGCGGGGGGUGCGGGGGGUGCGGGGGGAGGGGCGCCGCUCGCCUGGUACGUCAACGGCCAGCUCGCGCCCGAUCUACAGAUACGGAGGGGGCUGCAAUACACUUUCAAGGUGUUCGGCGGCAACAACCCGCACUCGGCGCACGAGUACCACCCGCUGAUCGUGUCGGUGGACCCGCGGGGCGGGCUGGAGCAGCUGCCCGAGGCGGCGCAGCGCGCGGUGCGGGUGCUGGCGGGCGUGCACUACACGCGACGCGGGCGGCUCACGGCCACGGCGGCGGGUCCGCUGUGCCUGGCGACCCCCGCGGCGGGCUCGGACCCCCGCCGCGCCGCCGACCACGCCACGUUCCGCGCCUUCAACCGCACGCUGCAGUGGAGCUGCGCGCCCGGCCCCGCCGCCGAGCUGCAGGUCGCCCCCAACGACACCUGGCCCGACCUCGUCUACUACAACUCCUUCACGCACGCCGGUGAGUCGCGUGACCCUUCAACCGCACGCUGCAGUGGAGCUGCGCGCCCGGCCCCGCCGCCGAGCUGCAGGUCGCCCCCAACGACACCUGGCCCGACCUCGUCUACUACAACUCCUUCACGCACGCCGUGGAGCUGCGCGCCCGGCCCCGCCGCCGAGCUGCAGGUCGCCCCCAACGACACCUGGCCCGACCUCGUCUACUACAACUCCUUCACGCACGCCGGUGAGUCGCGUGACCCUUCAACCGCACGCUGCAGUGGAGCUGCGCGCCCGGCCCCGCCGCCGAGCUGCAGGUCGCCCCCAACGACACCUGGCCCGACCUCGUCUACUACAACUCCUUCACGCACGCCGUGGAGCUGCGCGCCCGGCCCCGCCGCCGAGCUGCAGGUCGCCCCCAACGACACCUGGCCCGACCUCGUCUACUACAACUCCUUCACGCACGCCGGUGAGUCGCGUGACCCUUCAACCGCACGCUGCAGUGGAGCUGCGCGCCCGGCCCCGCCGCCGAGCUGCAGGUCGCCCCCAACGACACCUGGCCCGACCUCGUCUACUACAACUCCUUCACGCACGCCGUGGAGCUGCGCGCCCGGCCCCGCCGCCGAGCUGCAGGUCGCCCCCAACGACACCUGGCCCGACCUCGUCUACUACAACUCCUUCACGCACGCCGGUGAGUCGCGUGACCCUUCAACCGCACGCUGCAGUGGAGCUGCGCGCCCGGCCCCGCCGCCGAGCUGCAGGUCGCCCCCAACGACACCUGGCCCGACCUCGUCUACUACAACUCCUUCACGCACGCCGUGGAGCUGCGCGCCCGGCCCCGCCGCCGAGCUGCAGGUCGCCCCCAACGACACCUGGCCCGACCUCGUCUACUACAACUCCUUCACGCACGCCGGUGAGUCGCGUGACCCUUCAACCGCACGCUGCAGUGGAGCUGCGCGCCCGGCCCCGCCGCCGAGCUGCAGGUCGCCCCCAACGACACCUGGCCCGACCUCGUCUACUACAACUCCUUCACGCACGCCGUGGAGCUGCGCGCCCGGCCCCGCCGCCGAGCUGCAGGUCGCCCCCAACGACACCUGGCCCGACCUCGUCUACUACAACUCCUUCACGCACGCCGGUGAGUCGCGUGACCCUUCAACCGCACGCUGCAGUGGAGCUGCGCGCCCGGCCCCGCCGCCGAGCUGCAGGUCGCCCCCAACGACACCUGGCCCGACCUCGUCUACUACAACUCCUUCACGCACGCCGUGGAGCUGCGCGCCCGGCCCCGCCGCCGAGCUGCAGGUCGCCCCCAACGACACCUGGCCCGACCUCGUCUACUACAACUCCUUCACGCACGCCGGUGAGUCGCGUGACCCUUCAACCGCACGCUGCAGUGGAGCUGCGCGCCCGGCCCCGCCGCCGAGCUGCAGGUCGCCCCCAACGACACCUGGCCCGACCUCGUCUACUACAACUCCUUCACGCACGCCGUGGAGCUGCGCGCCCGGCCCCGCCGCCAAGCUGCAGGUCGCCCCCAACGACACCUGGCCCGACCUCGUCUACUACAACUCCUUCACGCACGCCGGUGAGUCGCGUGACCCUUCAACCGCACGCUGCAGUGGAGCUGCGCGCCCGGCCCCGCCGCCGAGCUGCAGGUCGCCCCCAACGACACCUGGCCCGACCUCGUCUACUACAACUCCUUCACGCACGCCGGUGAGUCGCGUGACCCUUCAACCGCACGCUGCAGUGGAGCUGCGCGCCCGGCCCCGCCGCCAAGCUGCAGGUCGCCCCCAACGACACCUGGCCCGACCUCGUCUACUACAACUCCUUCACGCACGCCGGUGA